UGGCUCUUUGCCCAUCCUUAUUUACGAGUACCUCUUAGGAAGCUCAAGAAUUUAAAUUGCAAUUUAGAUCUAACCAAGAGAAGCACCCAUACAAACAUUAAGACCCAAAACAUCCUUUCUCAAACAAAACUCUAGUGAGAGAAACCACCGGAUUUGAAGGAGAAAGUAGAGGAAGAAGGAGAAGAGGAGAGAAAAAAAUGGCGUCUUCAGUACAACCCACAGUACCCUCUUCAACUACUCCAACCACAACAAAUACCCACCAAAAUCAAAUUCCAGCAGUAUCAAAUCUCCCGCCACAACCAAUUUAUCCUUCUUCGAUUGCAAAUAACACUAAUUUCAACUCCAAAAAGAGACCUUUAGAUCAUCUUUACCUUCUUCAAAGUUCUCCUUACUUUAAGAUGCGUACUAUUCUCAAUGAACUUCGACCUCUUUUUCUUGAGGUUCUUCGUGUUCCUAAUUUUCAGUCAUCUGAGGCUGUCGGCAGAAUUCAAGAAAAAAUGAAGAUUAUGGUGGAUUUAUGUAGAGAGCAGCAGAAAGCAGAGAAAGUUCCUGUGUCCAGCGGAGCAAGCUGGGUUCAGAAGCCCGCUGAUCAAGAAAGACGCUUUCCGGUUGGGAGUAACUUAGAAAAACAGACACAGGGCAUUAACAAAAUCACUGGAACCUAUAUUGUUGGUGGUUCUGCCUUUGGCUGGAAUUUUAUCACAUUUCAUGGAACCAAACCCGAGUAUUAUGGUAGAACUAAGGAGGCAUUUCGAGCAGGUAAAUAAUAUGUACUAAAUCCGAGUCUUAUGGUAGGUAGCAAGUCAGCGUCUGUAGUCUAUAAUCCCGCAUCUUUUCUCUCUGAUAAAAAUGUGAUAGCUAAUUGCCUAAUUGUAGUGCUUUCGUUGUAUCAUUUGUUGCUUUGGCGGGGAAGAAUUUUGAAAGCUUGCUCACUGCGUUUUUCCCUUUGUGUUGGAUCACAGUUACUCCUAUUGUUGCCUUUAUCUUGUAAAUGGAGAUCUGUACUUAUGGAUUAUAACUUGCCAUGCAAAUCAUUUGGUGUUGUAGUUAAAUCACUUUUCUGUUGGGAUUCAUUUGGAUUUGAUUUAGAAGGAUUUGUGACUAAAAAUUCUGUUUUUUUUUGUUUGUUUGUGGACGAGGGAACAAAACUAUGAGAGGGCAACGAAAUUUUAAAAUUAAAGUAAAUAUUACUUGAAGCAAUUAUAGUACUGACAAAGAAAGUAUAAUUAGACUUAACUAUGGCAAAGGCAAAGGAUAUUUUCAAUAUCUCGCAUAAGACAGGGUUUGGUUGAUUAUACCUGUUCACCUCAAGGAGGGAGUAAAAAGGAUGCGCACAGUCAAGAGAGGAUUUCUUGACUGUGUGCAAUAGGAGUUGAACUCUAAACUUUCUGCUCAACAUGCAGACUAAACUAUGGAAUCUUUCAAAUUAAAUUUUGCAAUAUAACUAAAUUGAAUUGAACUCAUUGGUACUAAACUAAACAAGUUAAAAGCUUCAAGUUGCGUGGUACAUGAAAGUUAAAAUACAUAUUUUUAAACUAAAAGUUAGUUUGUGUAAAAAAAAAUGUCUAUAAAUAAUUUUACGAGUAAAGAUUUAAUUUAAAGUGACAUUUAGAGGACAUUUGAUAACGAAAAGAAAAAUCUGCAAAGUUGAGUACUGACAAACA